GGGCGUAUGGCAGGGAGCGCUCCAGCACCAAUGAGUCUCAGACAUCAACGGUCAGUACAGGAAGCCAGUCAAGUGAUGACUUUGAGAGACUGGACAAUCCUAAAAAGUCAGGAUUACGUGUCAACAAGGCGAUGCUCGAUGGAGAUUCACCAUCACCCAGCAAGAGGACGAUAGAACGGCGGAAGCAUGCCAACAACAGACGCGGUCGGCACACGGUGACAAUAGACAGCAGCAUGCACGUCAUCCCGUCAAGCGAUGAGAGUGAAACAAAUAAGGACACACCGACGUUAAAACGCUCCAAUUCUGACCCCAAUCUAGCAGACAGCGACGACAUGUUGAAGCGCAAGCAGAUCGCGAUGACCUUCCCAGGUCUCUUCCAUCUGAAGAAAGGAUGGUUGAUCAAACAGGGAGAUGGCGAACAGGACUGGAGUAAACAUUGGUUUGUGCUGUGUGACAACAAGCUGAGUUACUACAAAGACUCAAGUGACGAAGACCCCAAUAGCCUGGACGGAGUCAUUGAGCUGGCCAAAUGCAAUGAGGCUUCUGAAACACCAGUCAAUAGGAACUAUGGCUUCCAAAUAGAGCUUGAUACUGGCGUCAUCAUUCUGGCUGCAAUGACAUCAGGCAUCCGCAACAACUGGGUUGGAGCCAUCAACAAAGCCAUCAAGACAGCUAGAGAAGACAGUGCCAAGAAGAGCAGUGAACCCACCUCUCUGUUGAAGGAGAACCAGCCCCUAGUAUCCAGGACCAACAAGCCCAACUCCCUACCCCUAUCCAAGAGCACCUCAGAUGUGCAGCCCAGGGAAGAGCAAUCCUCGCCCCUGCAGCCAGCCAGAAGGAGCCUCAACAAUGUGGACUUGAUUCCGCCUUCCAGCCGCCUGACGCAAACUGACAGUAAGUCAGCCACUCAGUCUCCAGUCGAACUGAAACCACACCUGGAGAGGAGAUCAACCUCUCCGUCCCAACCCACCAAGACAUCUCCCUCAGAAGGCCUUCCUCCGCACUCUGGCAAGCCUGAAGGCAGGCGCAGCUCAGUCACCAAAGCCCCGUCCUCUGAAUCGAGACCCAGGCGAGGAUCCGUCCCCAAAGAGGGCGCAUCCUCCACAGGGGCCAGGCGGAACUCUGUCACCAAAGACCCUGGGAUGAGUGCCGACGGGAAACAGAAAUCAGUCACAAGGGAUCGUUCAGGCUCAGACUUGACAAAACCAAAGGAGAAGUCCAAGGAGAGGCGUGGUAGGAGAGGGUCACGGUCAGAGAAGAGAUCCCAAGAGGAUACUGCAGCAGCCGUCACAGCCGCCCUUUCAAAAAGGACUUCCAACACAGACUCUAAGCAGAGCACCACAGUCAGAAAGUCUAGGAGUAAUUCACAACCUGAGGAACCUGUCACACCAUCCUCAAACUCUGAGCAGGAGAUUUCCCCUCGUUCUAGGACUGAUUCGAAUAGUAAGAAGCAGCCAGCUACUGUGGAUACUACUGUCAUGUCGCUUCUUGAACAGGAGGUGGACACACUGAAGGCCCAACUGGAGCAGAAGCAGAAGGACUGUGCCCGGCUGCAGCACCAGAAUGUCAACCUGAAAGCGCAGCUGAACUCUGAGCAGAGAGACCACAAGGAGAGCUUCCAAGACCUUGAGAAUGAACAGUCAGGGUACAUGACCCAGAUUGAGCAGAUGGAAAAGACCAACCAAAAACUGCAGGCUGAGCUGCGACAGUCCAAGAAUGCAACCCAGCAACUCCAGCAGCAGAACCAGCAGCUAGGCAGCAAAUUCAACGCUGUUGAGUUGGAGGCCCAGGGACGUGACCGAGAGUUGGCGACACUGAAAGCUCGAUUUGAGGACAUUGUCCGAGACCUCACUGUGACCCGUUCAAAUCUGAAGGAGGAACGCGAGCGCAGUGAAACCCUCGAAACAGAGUUGACUGACACCUGGACAAAGCUUAGGGAGAGCGGUCGAGAGGGAGUCGAUGUGGAUGUUAUUGGACGUUUGUCAAUAAAACUGGAUGAAGCACGGGUGAGAUUGGAGGAGAGUGAGAGUGAUGCCAUCGAGAAGGAGAAGAAACUUGAGGAGCGCUUCAGUCUCAUGCAGAGUCAGUAUCACUCAGAGAAUGCUUCCUUGCAAGGAAGGCUCCAGGCAGCCAUGGAUGAGACUAACAAGCUUCAAAGGAGGCUUACAGAAAAGAGUGAGCAGGUUGAAAAGACAGAAGCUGCCGUGCAAAAGGCAGGACAGACUGACAAACCGUCUUCUGAGACUAAUGUCGGAGUUGCUGAACUUGAAGCUACUGUUCAGAAACUGAAGUCUGAGUUAAAAGCAGAAGUGACAGCAAAAUCAGAGGUGCAGCGAAAGUAUGAUGACUUGGUAGCUCAGUCAGCCCACCAGUUUCUUGAAGGACAGGGUGAUAUGGCCUCCACAGGUAGUGAUGACAAUGCCGUCAGGCUGGAAACAGAAUUGGAUCUGGCAGAAAGAGAGCUUGAGAAACUGAAAAAGCAUAGUGCAUCUGAGAAGGAGAAAAAGAUAUUACUUGAGAAAGCCUUCCAAAAGGAGCAAGCUCUCAGGAAACAGCUGGAAGAGAGAAUAGGUCAAUCAACUCAGGAAAGUGGCAGCUCAAAAGUUGACAUUGAACAAAAGAACUCAGAGGUUGCAAGCGUCCGUGAUGAGUUGAAAAAGGCAAAGAAGGAGCGGGAAGCAGUCAACUUGGUUCGGAAACAACUUGUAACAGCUGUGGACAGUUUAAAUAGCCAGUUAGCCGAAAAGGAAAGAAAGAUUGAGACACUCAGUGCUGAAGUGGAGACCCGCGGCAGUCAGAAUAGUCAAUUAGAGCAGCAGUUACAAGCAAGUCUUUCUAAAGGGUUGAAUUUGCAAAGUAGAGUGGAGAAUUUAGAAGCAGAGUUGAAGCAAGUGUCCGAGAAGAGAGAGACAGAUGCUAGUGCCCAGCUGGGAGCACUACAGUCAGAACAUCGACAGCUUAAACGACAAAUUGGCACCUUAGAGGAGCAGCAUGCAUUGGAGAUGCACAACCGACAAAGUGAACUGGAGACAGCUGGAGAUCGCAUAAAUAGUCUCCAGGAUAAAGUGGCAGAGCUGGAGAUAAAGCUGAAAACAGCAAUGGAAAGAGCUGCCAGGAUUGAGGAUGAGGCAGCAGCCAGCAUACUUGAUAUGCAGAAGGAGGAUGAACUGCUGAGGUCCAAAUGUGAGCGUGGAGAGAAGGAGAUCAAACGUCUCCGUGGUGAGCUUCAUGGAGCACAGGAUAACUAUGAUGAACUGGAGUUUCAGUUCAUUACACAGCGCGAGGACCUGAAGCGGAUGGAGCACGACCGUGGAAAGGAGAUUGGGCAGAUGGGAUACAGGAUCCAGGACCUCACCAACAAGUUGGCGGCAGCGGAGCGAAAGGUGAGAGAUCUGAGGGGGGUAGAUCACAGAAAUAGGGCAAAAGGUGGAGUGGGGGCAGCUGGAGGGAUGGGAAUGCAACUAACCCAAACUCGGCAGAUGGAAAAUAAGCUGAAGGAGCUGGAGUCUAAGUUGGGGGAUGUAGAGAGCACCUUGCAGGACCAAGAUCAGGACACUACCAGUCUGCUGGGCAAAAUUGUCUCAGUAGAGCAGCAGGUCCAGGCUAGGGCUCAGCUGCCUUCUUCCAGCAGCGUAUCCAGUGUGGAUGCUGAGCAUCAGCUGCAAUCCCAGGCAGUGCAGCCACUCUCUCGUGGCUCUUCUGCUGCUAGUGUACCCUGCGAUAGUGUCUCAACUUCAGGUGCUGACCUCUCUGAGGACUCGGAACCAGCCGAGUCCCCAGACAGAGCAAAGCAGAAUUUCCGUGCCCGGUUCCUAGAGACGAAACUGAGCGAGACGGAGCUGAAGCUGAAGGAGGUGACAAGAAAGCUUGUUGAUGUAACAACUCGUGAGUUGGAGAACCGGAAGGCUUACCAGGGGAAGAGUGUCUCUGAGAGCCGUUUGAAGGAGAAGUUGAAGGUCAUGGAGCGUGAGGUGGAAGCAGUGACCAAGGAGCUCCAACAGACAAGGAACAAUGGCGACCUGGUUCUCCAGGAGAAAUCUCACCGGGAGAUCCUGGAAGAGAUGAGGCGAUCUCACAACCAGGAGAUCAAGGCGCUGGAAGAAGAAAAAGAAACGGAGCUAGAGGAAGAGAGAAAAGCUACCUCAAUCAGCAUAACGGCUCUGCACAAAGCCCACAAGCAUGAGCUGGAACAGCAGCGGGCAGAUAUGCAACAGAAUGUCUCCAAUGAUGUGGAAGUGGUCAUGAAACGGCACAGGGAGGUAAUUACCAAGAUGGACCAAGAGUGGAAGAUCAUCUCGGACAAGUUCACCCAUGUCUGCGCCAACAACGCCACCCUGAAGAAGCAGGUGGAGACCCUGGAGAAGGGCCUGGUCGAGACGCGGCGGGAGAUGGAAUCCUGGAAGGCACAGGUUCGGCUACUGGUCGGACAGAAGGCAGAGGACAUGGCGGCACUCAAGGAGCAGAGAGGGGGCGGGGCUGGCAAUGAUGGGGAGGAGGAGGAAGGCGGGCAGGAUGACUGGGGAGUGGAUGGCAAUGACAAUGAGAAGAAUCCCUUGCAGGUGUUGUUGAGAUUUCGCGAGGCUGAGUUACAGUGCAUCAAUAACGAGAUAAACCAACUCACAGCAGCUCUAGAAGAGGCUGAAAAGCAACGGACCAAAGCGAUAGAGCAGAACGUCUUCCUGGAGGGCCAGCACCAGUCCCAGGAGGAGCACAUCAAGCAGCUGAUGCUGGCCCUUGAGGAGUUACAGCACCAGGUGGAGAUUGUCCGGACCAGCGGGGAGGGCCAGGCAGCCCAGGACCAGAUACAGGAGAUGUCUGGGGCAGAGGGCAGCAGCAGCCAGCACAACCCCCCACAAGGCAGCGGAGAUGCAAAGCAAGACGUCAAGCUCAGAUCAUGGCUGCCUUUCCUUAAGAGAGAACGAAGUGACUCAGCAGGGAAAGGAUCAAGGAGACGGACGGGUUCCGAUGGGACCCAGACAGCUGCCAAACUCAAGAAGGGUGCUUCCACGACUGAAUGAACUCUGGAAAUCUCAGACAACUCUCACCGAUUGAUCUGCCAAGUGGAAGUCCGACCGAUGGUGCACGCACGAACCUAAUUGAACAGAAUUGUCCGCACAGGGAAUUGCUGAUGGAUCUCCACACGCCUCCGACCUCAAAAACACCUGAGAAGAGAAUCAAUAUUGCCUAGUGGUUGAGGUUUGUGACUCAUGAUCAGAGGGUCAGUGGUUCGAAUCCAGCUGCUGAUCAUAUGUUGCAUCCUUGGCAAGCUACUUCACCCCCACUUAUCUCUCUUCACCCAGGAGUAUGAAUCGCAAAAAUAUUCUCAGUCGUUUCAUGCCAUGGAUUUUCAACUCGCAAGACCUUUCUGUUUUGGAGCCUCAUUGAACCCUCCAGUACCCAUCACAUUGACCAUUAAGCAGGCACCCCAUAGCACCUUCUUUUACCUUCUAUUAAGGGACAAUCAAGAUAAUGGACACCAUUUGCAAAAAUUGUAGGAUUCUGUUAAAAGCGCCAUGUGAGAAAAUGAUGGUAAUUACUCUUUUCUUGAAAAAUGACAGCAUACCAGGUGUAAUGAUUUGAAGGAUGCUUGAUACUAUUAUCUACCUACAAUCAGGUAGGAUAUUUCACAAUAUUUUGACAGUUCCUGUUUUGAAUGUUUGCAAAUGGUGUCGGGUUACCUUAAGCCCCUAUGUUUAGACACACAAAUGGCUGGGUUUGACUUGCCCGAAUUCUGCUCUGUAACUCCAAAUGCUUGGAUUUUGAAGUUUUUAAGGACGAUUAGUUAAAUUUGAGUACAGCAGCAGCCAAUUUCACGAAACUUGACGCAAUGGUGCAACUCCGCUUGCGCCACAAUUUAUUGCGUAAGUGUCGCAGUAUUUCACUACUGGCAGAUUUCACGUAAAUACUGUUAUUAUCCUUGUCCAAGAUUAUUAGAUUAUUUAAAACGUUGCGCAGCUACGCAAAGUUUAUGUGAAAUCGAUCGCAAGUUUAUCGCGCAGCUGCGCAACAAAUUUGUUGCGUAGGUCUUACACAUGGCGCAAGCUGUGCACUUUUUUGUGAAAUCGGCUGCAGGUGAUUGCAUGAAGCACUGCGUAUCUUCCUGAAGCAUUUGAGGAAUUGCUUGGACGAUUGAUGCACACAUUCUUGAGAAAAUCAUGGCCGUGAAUUACAGACAUCGAAUUAUGAAUUGUUGAUAAUUAUUUUGUACAUGUAUCUAAAAAAAAAGAGCAAUUCACUCUGCCUAGAAGUAGUUUCUACCUCAAAUUCCAAUGCCAGACGAACAUACACAACGAGUGCCUUGAUUUUAUGUUAAUUGAAUGCAAGAAAGUACAUUGAAAAUACAUACAAUAUUAUGUCAAGGGAUGUUGCAGUGUCACGCUGUAACACUGCAUCCAAAACUGUUCUACAAUGUAUACAUUUUACUCUUUUUUCCUGAGAUAAAGUUUUUCAGUUUUAGGACUAUGUAACCCUUGCAGUGCCCAGUGCUAAUAAUGGGACCAAAAUGCCAUCUUUUGACCAUGAUAGUCAUGUGACCUUGCACUUUACUGAAUAACCCAUGAGGUUUUGUAUUACACUGUAUUACAUUGUACUACAUUGUAUUUAUAUUGUAUUCAGUGUAUGACAUUGUAUAUGUUCCCUGAUGAAUCUAUGAAACCAUAGAGUGCUGGGGCGAUUUGGGAUGGUAUAUGGAGUUAUAGGUAAGGCGGUUUGGGGCAGUACACGGAGUAAUGGGUUUAUGUGUUGUUUGCCAAUAAUUGAACUUACUUGGUUAAGAUUUCAUUAGUUACAUACGUGUGGCAAUCAGUUGCGGUUGUGUGCUCACUGGGAAAAAGUCUUUGUUUUAGAAUCACAGUUGUCAGAGAAUACACGUAUCCUCGAUGUACCGGUUUUCGAGGAUGUAAGGAUUUAUUUCAAGCAAGAGAAAAACACCGAUAUCGCCUUCAGUUUCCAAAUUUUUUGGGCUGGCAGUGGAACACAUACUGCACUUGCAACAGAUCAGCUGGUUGUGUGGUACGAAUCUGUGUGUGUGCAUAGCUACUAGGUCAAACCCCGAAAACAGGAUUCCUCGAAAACAGGAACACGGACGAUAUGUCCAUCUUUGGGAGGGGGUGGGGCACAGAAAUUAUUGUGUCUCGUUCUAAAGGUCAUUUUGAAGCCUUGGCUUUAGGCUCAGAUUUUGACUUCCUGCUUUCAAGCCCUGGUGGUUGUUUUUACUUGAUCUUGUUUGAUAUGACAAGACAAGAAAAACUGGCCCAGGAAUUGACAAGGAGUUGAAACUGGAAUCAGGUUUUCAGAAAUGGGCCCUUCUCAUGUCUGGUUCCAAGAAUGCAACAUAGUGUCCAUUGUCCAACUCCUGUUUUGCCGUCAGUCAUCGGACUAUGGAGAAUGAGUCUUAUACUGUACUCAGCCAUUCUGCAAUAAGAACACACAUAGCUCAAAUAUCAUGCAAGGUUAUUCAUAACGCAAUGUAGUGUAAGAUAUAUCGUUGGAUGGGGUUGCCCUAAACACACUUCAUGGUGCUGCCUGCAUUUCUCCAAGCAUCUUAUAUUUUUGUACAAUAUAUUAUGUAGUCUGUUCUUCUCUAUGCAUUUAGUCUUUUAAACAACGAGGCCCAUUAGAUCAAGUUUAGCCCAAAAUGGCACAAGAGUUUUUGUUUGAUUUGUAAACAAAUCAGGUAUAAAACCAAUCCAAUAACUUUUACCAACAAAAGUGCUAGAGCUUAUACAUGUGUUUAACUAGUGCUUAAGUUAGGAAUUUUUCAUUUUUGGAUUCACUUGUAGGCAGCUGUUUUGUUUUGUUUUGUUUUUUUUCCAUUUUGAUAUGCACUUUAUUUCAGUUUCUAGUUGACAGUUCAAACAAUUUUUUGGUUUUGAGGGCUGAACAAAAGCUCUGCAUGGGGUUAUAAUUAAUUAUGCGUACAGAAAUACACAUGAAGAACGUGCCUUAAACAAGUUUUUGUGCUAUUUUAAUACUUAUUUCAAAAAAGGCUUCCAUAUUUGAUUUACUUUUUUUUUUACUUAUUAAAGGUAAUAUUGUAUUCAAGAUUUGUGGUCAUGUACAAUGUGCUAUUGUGAAUUUAGGUACAAAAAGAUCGGCGGGGAUAGGGGGUUAAAAAAAAUGGAAAAUACUUAGCUUUUCACAGUGCAGCCUUGCAAACGUAGUCCCGGACUUGUAUUUUUGGAUGCAUUGUUUUGCACACAGUAACAUGGAACAUAUAAUACUGUGAUAGGUGUUUUGACUCAUACAGAUGUAGGGUCUGUGAUGUAUUCACAUUAUCACACUCUAUCAAUUCAAUUU